AAUCCUUCUAUCAUGAUGGACUCGUCUCCAAGCAAGAUGAAUUCCCUGCCAAGUUUACCAUCUUCGGCAGGCAUAAAACGUCCAGCACCAUCGCUACUGCCCGCGUUCGAACCCUUUUCCUCGUCCUUCUCCUCUUCGCCUGGUUUCCCUCGCCCUUCCAAGAGACAAGCUCGAAGUUCACCUUCGGAACGAGAAGCAGCGUAUCAAAAAUAUCCUACCCCAAUUCCUACUUCCACGACUGGUAUCCUUUCGUCCUCACCACCACGCGUUCAAAGCCGAACUUCUCUUCAUCGAACCCAAUCCUCGAUCUCUGAACGAGCACCUCUCUCUGCCGUUCCCUCUGUUACUCUUUCAGAGAAUGGCGACUUGUUAUGCAUGGGAAGAUCAAGCACCUCUUCACAUUAUCAAUUAUCCGCCAAUCGCCUGAUCUCGCGCGUUCACGUUGAAGCUCGGUAUAUCGCGGCCUCUGUCCCCCUCGAGCCGAACAAGGUGGAGAUAAAGUGUAAAGGGUGGAAUGGCGUGAAGCUGCACUGUCAAGGUCGGACUUGGGAGUUGGCAAAGGAUGAUACUUUCACGUCGGAGACUGAAUAUGCUGAGAUCAUGCUCGACGUGCAGGACGCGCGCGUUCGAAUCGCGUGGCCAAGUAGGGACCGUAAGGCGUCGGUGGGAGCUCAAACAGACUCUUCGUGGGAUGAGGAAGCUUCUGCAAGAGGUCGUCCUACUGCUGUCAGUGCUGGUGGUCAAAUAAUUGAGUCAAGCCCCUUGCGUCGCAGUCAUCGAAUUGAGUCUCCCGAAUCACCAACUCCAGCAGGGCCAUCUACCUCUACCAACUUGGCCGAUCUGUUCUCUGACAUUGUAGACUCGAGCGUCGUUAAAGUAUAUGAGGAUGAGCCUUCUGCCGAGGAUGAUAUUGCAGGCGGCAACUCCUUCGCCUCUACCCAAGCAGCUACAUCGUUCCGUGCGCCAGAGGAAAGCCCGACUAGUGAACUCAGCGAACCAGAAGAGCAGGAUCCUGAUGAGGAGAACGAUCCAAUUGUCCACUCAUUCGGUCCUUUUGGCGCCAACAUAUCGUCUCGGAUGGAAUCCUUUACCACUGUCGCCUCCCCCGAAGCUCCCCAUGUAGAACGCAAUCGUGCGGAUUCUACCAAUUCCAGAUCGAGCUCCAGAUCAACAAAUGAGGCUGAUGCUGGGCCAGUGGUUAAUCAUGUUGUAAACCAACUUGCUUUUUCCCGUCUCUCAUCAACCCCACUCUCGGUCAUUCUGAACCAUCUUCCAGCAGACUUGAAGAAUACUAGCACGACACAUGUAGAGAAUAAGGGCUUGACCAAGGAGGACCUUUGCAAGAUGUUGAAUACAGCUGCGUGUAUCGGUGAGAUCCACCGCGAAGGGAAGGAUGCUGCCGGAAAGGCUCUGGAGAGCGAGUACUACUACAUGCCAGAUGAAGAUACGGAUGAGAACCGUAGAGCAGCAGUUGUUGAUGGAUUGAGGAAGCCAAGCUUAAGAAACUGUCGGAAACAACACAAGCAAUACUACUGGAAGAAGCCAAAA